AGGUUGAUAUCAAAUCAAGUGUUCGCUCCUCCGAUCACCUUUUAGUAGGUCUACCAUUAUAUUUUCCAGGGUCUUUAAUUUUCCGUAUCCCCGUACUAGACAGUUUACGGAUGAAUCGUUACCGAAAUGCCCCCGGGCUGCGCGCCCCCGCGACCAAAGCCUCCGCCAGUACUCUGUGCCAGAAAUGCUUGAAACGAGGGCACUAUAGCUACGAGUGUAAGGCGUCUGCGCAGGACCGACCGUAUAUCUCACGCCCAUCGCGCACCCAGCAAUUACAGAACCCGAGGCUACGCCCGCAACUGUCCAGUGAUGUUCCCAAUGAUCUUUUGAACUCGAAAGGCGUGGCGGAUGAGAUCCUGGCCAAGCGCGAAGAAGGACGGGGCCGGCAAAAGGAACUCGAUAGCCUGGACCCGGUGGAAAGUUCGUCGAAACGGAGCAGAUCCAUCUCAUCGCAUUCAGUGAGCUCCGUUUCGACCAUCUCGACCAACCGCUCGCGCUCUCGAUCCCCCCCUCGCCGUGACGAUUACUCUUCGCGAAGCCAGGAGCCGCGUGCAGAAUCGACCACCUCGCGGCACUCGAAGCCGAGGAAAAGACGGUACAGCGACUCCUCGUCCGGGUAUUCAUCCUACUCGUCCGGCGAGGACAAUCGAUCACGUGACCGAGGAUGGACAGGAGAGCGGAAUACGCGACGACGCCGCCGGGAGUCCAGUCCGGAUGCUCGCGGUCGAGCGAGAGAUAUCCCUCGGGGCGGUGAUCGACCAGAUCGGAUGCGAAGCCACAGCGGGGACAGAUUCCGCGGGACACGAGGCGGACGGUCUGACAGUCCGAAUGCAAUGGACGAUCGGGCAUACUCCGGCGGGCCAUCAAGAAACCGACCCAGCGGUGGUCGAGAUCCUGGUCCUCCCCAACCCCCAAGAGAGCGCAGCCUAAGCCCCUUCAGCAAGCGACUAGCUUUGACUCAGGCUAUGAAUAUGAGCCGUUAAGCACUGGAAUGUUGGAAAGGAAUAAUAUUAAUGGACAAAGUACGAAAAGCGGUUGGGCGCACAGGUGUACGCGGAUGGUCUUUUACGAGGGUGGUCUUUUGCUCCUCUUAUCUUUUUCUUCAUUUUCCGCCCAGGAGGUCAACCCCCAAGGCUCGUCCAUGUAAGCUGGCAUGGCAAUGGUUUGGAUCUUAAUCUGUAUGAUAC